AUGCUAUCCUUUCCCAAGUCGGUCCUAGUUGGGCUUUCCGUGUCCCAAGGUGCUUGUGCUUGGGGCAGGCUCGGACACGCCACCGUCGCGUACAUUGCGCAAGACUACUUGACCCCGGACGCGGCAGCAUGGUCCAAGGGCAUUCUCCACGACUCGUCCGACUCGUACCUGGCCAACAUUGCGUCGUGGGCCGACGAGUACCGCGCCACCGCGGCCGGCCGAUGGUCGGCGCCGCUGCACUUCAUCGACGCCGAGGACAGCCCGCCCAGCAGCUGCAGCGUCGACUACGGCCGCGACUGCGGCAACGACGGGUGCUCCGUGUCGGCCGUGGCCAACUACACGCGGCGGGUGUCGGCGGCGAGGCUGGGCGGCGGCGAGCGCGCGCAGGCCCUCAAGUUCCUCGUCCACCUGGCCGGCGACCUGACGCAGCCGCUGCACGACGAGGCCUACCAGCGCGGGGGCAACGGCGUCGCCGUCACGUUUGACGGGCACCAGGACAACCUGCACGCCGACUGGGACACGUACAUGCCGCAGCAGCGGGCCGGGGGCGGGCAGCUCGCCGACGCGCGCGGCUGGGCGGACGACCUCGUCGGGCAGGUGGCCUCGGGCCGCUACCGGGACCUCGCGGCCGGCUGGAUCCAGGGCGACGACGUUGCCGACGCCGUGGGCACGGCCACGCGCUGGGCGGCCGACGCCAACGCCCUCGUGUGCUCCGUCGUCAUGCCCGACGGCGCCGAGGCGCUGCAGCAGGGCGACCUGUACCCGGCCUACUACGACGCCGUCGUCGACACCAUCGAGCUGCAGAUCGCAAAGGGCGGGUACCGCCUCGCCAACUGGCUCAACAUGAUUUCCCGCGCCGCCCGCCACGGCAGGGGGGAAGCCGCGGGCGCCGCGGCGGCCGACGAGCCGUCCGACCUGAUGGGCCGCGACUUCCUGCCGGACCCGCGUCCCAUGAGCCGCGCCCAGCUCGCGCGGGCGGCCAUGGACGGGUCGUGCUGUGGAAAGGGCCGCGACGGACACGAGCAUUGA